AUGAUUCAUCCAGCAUCUUUUAGUUGUUUUGCAAAUAGUUUUAGCGGUACUCCAUCGAGUUUCGGCCUCAUAAAGGGCCAAUUUUGCAAAUUAGCUGAUAUAAUUGAUUUUUUUUUCGUCGUUCAUCCUGAAUCGGGUCGACUGGAAACGAAAGAAUCCGAUAGAAUUUUCUAUUUUUAUGGUACCAAAAAUGAAUCGGUUGAUAAACAGACGCAGUUGACUGGGUUUGCAGAGGCUGUUGUUAAUUUUACUGAGAAUUUUGUUGAAGAAGAUUGUGCAGGUAAGACAGCAGAAUUUCCAUUUCGAGAUGUACAUACAGCUAAGCAAUUACACGUGUAUAUUCUGGUAGAAUCGGCCAAAUUUAUUGUCGGAAUUGGUGUAAAUAAAAUGCAGUGCACUGUAGAAAAUUAUGUUUUGCAUGCACCGACGAUUCGAAAAGUCGUUUGUACAGCAUAUAGUAUGUUCCGAUUAUUUUUCGGCCAUUUCACCGCACUUUUUAAUCAGAAUAUUGAGGAGUUGAAAGGUCGUCUUGAAUAUUUCUUCUCUCGUUAUCUUCCUCUUCUUCGUUUACAUAAAAUGCCUCUGCUUGAUCUUUUUUGUGGUGUCGACUUCUUGGCUCUUGACAGUUUGAAUUAUCUUCGAGUAGAAAAUCUCGUAUCUUGUGUACUCGAAUCGUUUCCCAAAAUUUUGAAAUAUAUGUUUUUUUUCCAAGAACGGCUUUUAACUUAUACUGUUCCUAAACGCGAUUUACCUGUACUUUUUCGAUAUUUGACUCAAAACAUAUUGAGCACUUCUAUGCGAGCAGAAUUACAACCUGAAUUGGAAAGACAUCACAAAGGCAGAUUUCUCACGGGUGUAACAGAUGUUUCUGCUCAAACGAUCAUUGUAAAUGCCAAAGAGUCAAAAUUGCCUGUGGUUUACUUAUCAAAUGAGGAUGAUAAUUUUUCUCUUUCACCAUACGAAUUAAUCGUGUAUCGCGCUUUAAACGCGACAUUUUGCAUGUUUAUCCAGAAAGAUGACGAUGUUUCAUUUCUGCAAAAACUGGAUGAUGAGCUUGGACCUGAACUGAGUAUACUGGCAUCUGGAAUAGGUGAUUCUUUCGAGUUAGCGUCGGAUUUGCCACGCAAAGAAGUUGAUUUUCACUUUAUAUACUAUAAUCCAGUCAGUUUGAGCAUUAAAUCAAGUUUUAUGGAGCAGAUUGGUUUUACGAAAGUUUGUUGCAGAAUUUCAUAUACAUUUUUGAUGGAUAACCAGUCUGGCGAAAUAAUGUUAAAAACGGAAUCCAAUUGGUGUGUAGCAGCUAAGUAUUUAAAUGAUCGUUAUCUAAUAAUUUUCACGAGUGGUCUGUCUACGACUACUGUAGCUGAAUUUGCUGAAACUGUUGUAUUAUUGCGAAGUGAAAUAAAAAUUUUUUUUUCAUACUGGUUCUUCCAUUUCCUUUAG